GGUGGACUCGCGAUAAAAAAAAAAAUUAAGAAAAAAGAAUGAUCGGAGAUUGGUAUUUCAUCCGACUAAUAAGUUACUGCUCAAAGUGCAUUUUACAACCGCAUACACUUCCACCUUCGUCCUCUACUUGAUAAUUGAAUUAAUAAUAAAACAACUAAAAUGAAACUGGUUUCGAGAAAACAAGACAGAACUCCAUGAUGAAGCGUAUGCCCCUUUGGGAAUGAAAUCGUGUCAAAAAUCUUUAUCAAAACUUCAAAAGUAUGGUAAUAGAACUCAACUUUGAACAAUGGGGAGAGGUCUUGCGUUUGCUUGAAAUCAUUGAAAUUAAAUGUAAUGAAAAGUGAUCAGAGUGCUUAUUUUUACUUUGUUUUGUGGGAAAUUGUGCUGGGAAUGUGGAUCUAUUGUGCACAAAGGAUGUUGGCUUUAUGCUGGAACCACCAGGCAGGUUGAGUUGAGAAACAAUUAGCUCAGUCAGCAAGCCUUUGAAUCUGAUUAAGCCAGGAAGUGGGCACUCCCCACGACAGGGCAGAAUGGAGGGAAUGGAGGCUGAAAUCCAAAACAAGGAAUGACUUCUCCCUCUCCCUCUCUCUCUCUCUCUCUCUCUCUCUCUCUUUCUCUUUCUCUCAGGAAACUAGUAUUAGAAUUAAUUGUAUCAAAUUUAUGUCAAGGAUUACUUCAUUACAAUUCACUAUCUUUGGUGAAACAAAUGCAAGCUUGUUUCCAAGUAGAUCAACAGUCCACAUGCGUCAUGGCUACUGUCUCCAAGAAACUUCUGUUUACUGAGGCCUGACAUACCCUCAUGUUUUGGUAACAAAAUAUCUUUGAGAUCCAGGACCCAAGUCACAGAGGAAGAUGCAGAGCCUAUCCCAGGCUGCUGGCCGAAUUCUCAUUUCUCUGGGGACUCUCAGUGUAUUCUCUGGAGUUAUCGCUUUCUUCCCUGUCUUUUCUUACAAGCUUUGGUUCACAGGAUGGAAUGUCUGGAUUGCUUGCCCCAUCUGGAAUGGAGCUUUGGCCAUCAUGACCGGUAUACUUCUGCUGGUGGCUCACAAAGAGUGGACCAAGAGAUACCUGUGGGAAGCUAGUUUCACCUUUGUGAUUCUAAGCAUUAUGGGAUGUCCACUUCAUUUUGCGAUAGCCUUGGAAUCUGCUCUCCUUGGUCCAUAUUGCUUCUACUCGUUUUCAGGGAUUGCGGGGACCGGUUACCUCGGUUAUGCAGUUGCCUUCCCUUUUCCAUAUGCAAAAUUCCCAUCAGCUUGCGUGGACCCACCACACUAUGAAGCGUACCACCUGACGCUUCAAGCCUUCGACCUGUGCCUGAGCUUCGCCAUGUUCUGUGUGUCCCUGACAGUGUUCAUCAAGCUUUCUGCAGGACUUAUCUGGAAUAGACACAUACAUGUCUUAAUAAUAUAGCACAGUGGUUCUCAAAUGUGAUUCCUAUGCCAGCAACAGCAUCAUCACUGGGAACUUGUAUGAACUGAAAAUUUGGGAGCUGGGUCCCAACGGUCUGCGUUGGGAAACCCUCCUCCGGGUGAUUCUGAUGUAUGCUGAAGUUUGAGAAGCACCCGUGGAGCGUAAUGGAAAGCAGGCAGGACUUCAGAAUGAAAAACACCAGGAUUCAGAUCCUAGCCCUCUGGUCAGUUUAGGUAGGUAAUGGGCUCGGUUCCUCCCUGGUCAAAUGGAACUGAUGAGGAGAGCUGAUUCCUAGGCUUGUUGAGAGAAUUCAGUGACACUAUCUAGGUAAACCACAUAGCAGAAAAUCAAACACAAGAACAAAAACAGUGUCUAGUGUUGUUGAUUCAUUCAACACAUUCAUUAGAUGCCUUUGAAUAUCAGUGUCUACGGAGUCCAUUCAUUUGAGAAUGCACAAAUACAGAGUGAAAAUUUUAGACGUAACAUUAAAAAUUUUUUUAAUGUUUAUUUAUUUUUGAGAGAGAGCCAGAGCAUGAGUGGGAGAAGGGCAGAAAGAGAGGGAGACACAGAAUCCGAAGCAGGCUCCAGGCUCUGAGCUGUCAGCACAGAGUCUGAUGUGGGGCUCGAACCCGCCGACCACAAGAUCAUGACCUUACCUGAAUAGACAUAACAUUUUAGACAUAUCAUGGAAAAAUAUGAUAUUUAGAGAAGCCAAACAACAUGUUCCAGAAGACACAACUGAAUUGCUGGUGUCUGGAAGUCCUCUAGGUACCACUCAGACCUCAGCUCUGCAAUCAACACAUGUUCCUCUGUCACCUAAGAAGCUAUAAGACGUCUAGCUCUGGGCCUGGGACUUAUCCGUACAGAGCCUGAAUGAAUUUUAAUAUUAUUUGAACACUUUGAGCCAGGACUGAGUGCCCUGGCUAUUUAUUUAUUGACUUCCAUUCUACUUUCUUAUUUGCAUCCGUCUCUGUUUUGAAAGGGUUUAAGGUGACUUUUGGGCAUUUUAUCAAGAAUUAAAGUUUCAGCUGCUAUGGCACCAA